UACAAUGAUGUGCAUGUGAAUUUCACUCGAGAAGAGUGGGCUUUGCUGGAUCCUUCCCAGAGGAAUCUCUACAAAGAUGUAAUGCUGGAGACCUACAGGAACCUCACUGCUAUAGGCUACAAUUGGGAAAGUCAUAAUAUAGAAGAGCAUUUUCAAAGUUCUAGAAGACAUGCAAGACAUAAAAGAACUCACACCGGAGAGAAACCUUAUGAGUGUAACCAAUGUGAUAAAGCCUUUGCACAGAACAGUAGUCUCCAAAAACAUAAAAGAACUCACACUGGAGAGAAACCUUAUGAAUGUAACCAAUGUGGUAAAGCCUUUGCACGGAACAGUAAUCUCCUUUUACAUAAAAGAACUCACACUGGAGAGAAACCUUAUGAAUGUAACCAAUGUGGUAAAGCCUUUGCACAGAACAGUAAUCUCCUAGUACAUAAAAGAACUCACACUGGAGAGAAACCUUAUGAAUGUAACCAGUGUGGUAAAGCCUUUGCAACAAACAGUCAUCUCCUUUUACAUAAAAGAACUCACACUGGAGAAAAACCUUAUGAAUGUAACCAAUGUGGUAAAGCCUUUACACAGAGCAGUAGUCUCCUAAGACAU